AUGGGCUUCCCAAUCCCAGCCGAGAAGAUCGAAUACCGCCACUACAUCGACGGUGCCUUCGCCGAAUCGUCAGAUGGGGGCAAGUUCGAGCUCAAGUCUCCGUACAACCAUCAAAAGAUCACAGACAUCUGCGAAGCCUCGGUAGAAGAUACAAACCGUGCUGUUGCCGCUGCGAAAGCUGCGUUUCCAGCAUGGUCGGCGAAAAGUCCAGCAGAGCGUGGUGCUUUGCUGAAAGCAUUGGCUGCCAAGGUCAGAGCUGCGGGCACAGAGCUGGCUCAGCUAAAUGCUAUGGACAUGGGUAGACCAGUCGCCUCAUACUUUGAUGCUCAUUUCGCAUCUACGUUGUUCGAGCAUUAUGCCGAGUCAGGAUAUGAAGCCAAAGGCACGACAAGCUUGAACACGCCUGGCUUCAUUAACAUGACCUUCAGACAACCCAUCGGCCCAGUCGCAGCUAUCAUUCCUUGGAACGUCCCGGUCAUAUCUUUUGCCAUGAAGGUGGGCCCAGCAGUUGCCACCGGAUGCACAAUAGUGCUCAAAAGUUCAGAGAAGGCGCCACUUACCGCUGCACGCAUUGCUCAAUUUGUGCAUGAAGUUGGCUUCCCACCAGGCGUCAUCAACGUCUUGUCCGGCCACGGCACGCCUUCUGGCGCGACGCUUGCAUCUCAUAUGGACAUUCGCAUGGUCAACUUUACAGGCUCAACAUUCACCGGCCGCAAGAUCCAAGCCAUGGCUGCAUCUUCCAACCUCAAGAAAGUCGUGCUCGAGCUUGGCGGGAAAUCGCCCGCAAUCAUUUUCCCAGAUGCCGACAUCACGAAAGCGGUGGCAGAAACAAGUGCUAGCAUCAUGAUGAUCAUGGGCCAAGCAUGUAUCGCGAACUCAAGGAUUUACGUGCAUGAAUCUGUCGCGGAGCAGUUCAAGAAGGCGUUCGUGAUAAUGUGGAAGAACUAUAAGAAAGGCGAUCCGCUUCUGCCGGAGACUCAACAAGGUCCACAAGCAGAUGAGAUUCAGCGAGAACGAGGAAAUUUCAUCGAGCCGACCAUUUUCGAAGAUGUCGAUGAGAAUGACAAGACGCAGAAAGAGGAGGUCUUUGGACCGUUUGUCAACAUCAAUACUUUUAAGACUGAGGCGGAAGUUUUGGAGAAGGCGAACGCGACCGAAUAUGGGCUGUACGCCUCAGUCUAUACGAAGGACAUCAGUCGUGCAAUGCGCUUCGCCAAGGGCUUUGAGUCUGGUACCGUGGGCAUUAAUUGCACUAGCCCGGCCAUGGCUUUUGACAUGCCAUUUGGCGGGUAUAAGGGCAGUGGUCAGGGCCGUGAAGGGUUUGGAAACAGUACAGAGGAGCACUUGGAGAUCAAGACUGUGCUCAUCAAGCUGGAUGAGAAUUCUGAGGGCAUGAUCUAG